UGAUUGGUCAACAUACUAUCAUCGUCAUGUUGGAAGAGGCGCAUGUUGGAUAUAUAAGACGCGGGAUUCUCUGACAAUGGAUGAGAAUAUUUACAGACCAGUUCAUUAUACAAAGACACUUAUAUUUCGGUCAAUCUUGACAUCCAAAACUUUUCCACAAUGGAGUUUCCUAACCCUUCUCUCAUCGGCGGCGCAGCUGACAUCCCGGUUAACUCUGCUUCACCCAUCUUCAUCUUCACACCAGUCACUCUCCCCUCCAAAGACCGCAGAGUCGAUCUCGACCUCAAGGUCACAGCUCCCAUCAAUGGAAAUAAUCUCCCCAUUAUAGUUCUCUCCCACGGCCACGGCCCAAGCAACUAUCUCUCCUCGCUCAAAGGCUAUGGCCCUGUUGCCGAUUGGUGGGCUAGUCAUGGCUUUGUCGUCAUUCAACCUACACACUUGAGCUCUCGUCAACUUGGGUUUGAGCUAAAUGCUGAGAGUAUCAGUGAACUAUUCAUGGAGUCUCGCGCCAAGGAUUUGGUUCAGAUUGUUGAUAGUCUUGAUACCAUUGAGACCACCGUUCCUCUCCUCAAGGGUCGACUCGACAAGUCAAAGAUUGCUGUUGUUGGACAUUCCCUCGGCUCUUUGUCCUCUGCUCUCCUCCUCGGCGCCGCCAACACCGAUCCUCGCGAUGGCAAAACCUUCAAGGUCGCUGAACCACGCGUCAAAGCCGGCGUCCUCUUCGGUGCCAUCGGCGCAAGCGACGACCCCUCUGAAAACGGCAAAUCCAUGCUUCCCUUCCUCGACCUCGACUUCUCCAACAUGACGACUCCCUGUCUUGUAUUCUGGGGCGACAGUGACGUCAGUCCGCAUCUCACCAACCGAGGAGCAGACUGGCAUAAUGAUCCCUACAAGCUCUCACCAGGACCUAAGGCUUCCUUUGAGGUUAAGGAUGGAAAGCAUGGGUUUGGUGGUAUUAGUGGAUGGGACGCUAAGGAGUGUCAAGAUGAGGGUGUUGAGAGAUUGGCGGCGAUGCAGAGGGUUACGUGGGCUUAUCUGAGGAGUCAGUUGUACGGCGAUGAUUCAUGGGAGGAGGCGAAGAAGGCUAUUGGGCAGCAUCCUCAAAUUGGAAAGAUUGAGGAGAAGUAGUGGACACAGGAGCUUGUUGAACUUCUAGUUAAGGAUAGUCACUCGCAUACAUACUAAGUUUCAUACCCAC